CACCACACCCAGUUGCUGAACUUUUAGAAACUAUGUACAAUGUACGAGAUUGGCUGGCACCAGUUAAUAUGUCACUGCACAACAUAAGCAACCCACAUAUAUUUGUGAUUACAAAGAAUGGAACUGGCGAUGUCGUUCUCAGAUACAAGAAUUGGAGUAGGGAUACGAACUGGUUACCCAGUGAUAAUGCUGAAAAAGGGAUCACAAUUAUCAAACAUUGUUCGGAAAUUCCAAACGAAGCUCCCGAUUUCGCAACGUCCUCCGCGGAUAACGUCGAUAUGGAGCGCUUGCGAAGGGACAUUCCCAAAUUUCUGGACAAUUCUCGUGUGAUUAAAGAGGAACACAAAGACUGGUGGGGCAAUUUUUUCGAACAAGUUGACGUAGUUUACUGCAACAUGGCAAAGGAGAAGCCAGUUACUUGGUUAUUGGAUGAAUUACGGCUGUUGAAAUCUGGCCAUACUACAGGAACCUCCUCGACCGAGAAUGAAAAAGAAAGUAGAGAUACUCCAGUUGAUCCCAGUGUCGUUUCGGAAGAGGUGGUAAAGUUGGUUAACGGUCAACUCGAAGAUAUCCCAGAGGUUUAUACCGGUGCAUAUCGAAAACCAAGUGGUGCGACAGUGUCGAACAUUUGGGACCACAUUAAAGUUGAAGAUUUUGUUGCUGUGUCCUUGGAAGGAUACAACAAUGUCCCGUCAUUGGGAAAGUUACGGGUAUUAGCGAAAUGCACGUUUCCAUCCACUACUGGAAAGGCAGCUGGAAUAAGAAAUGGACUCCUUGAUUAA